CUGAAAGUGAAAUGAGCCCGCACCUUACGUGCUUUGCACAUACAUUAAACCUGGCUUCCCAGAAGGCUUUUCACGUCGACAUUGCUGCACGGUUACUCGGGAGAGUUAGAAGGGUGGUUGGAUUUUUGCAUCGCAACAUUAGAGGUGCCGAAAUUCUCCGUGAGAAACAACAACUCCUCUCCUUGCCAAACCACAAGCUCAUACAGGAUGUGUGCACCCGCUGGAAUAGUUCCCUCGACAUGUUGCAGCGUUUCUUGGAACAGCAGCCAGCAGUGUUUGCCACUCUCAUGUCCAGGGAGCUCAGAAAGGGAGAAGAGGUGAACACACUAAAUGAGAGAGACAUCUGCAACUGUGAAGAUAUCGUGAAACUGAUGGCUCCAGUGAAAGUGAUGACCACUGUCCUGUGUGAAGAGGAGCAGCCAACAAUCUCAAUGAUUGCCCCACUCAAGGCCAAGCUGGAAAAUCACUUUCAGCCCAGUGAUGAAGAUCCACCGCUCAUUGUGGAAAUGAAGAAGGCCUUCAACAAUGACUUUGGGAAGCGAUAUGCAGAUGUCUCUGGACUCCUGCACACAGCAUCAGCUCUAGACCCACGCUUCAAGGCAUUGCCUUUUCUCAGUGACCAUGACGCAGAGAGGAUCUUCACCAGCCUUUCUGUUGAAGCUGCACUUAUUCACGAGGAAGAAGAAUCACAGCCAGACCAAGGAGCCAGACAGACAGAUCUGCUCACAGGCCCUGGACAAGGCAACGAGGAACACAUUUGUUCCCAGAUCCAGGAUGCACAGAGAGAUGAGGACCAGGUUCCCUGUAAGAAGAAAAGAAAAAGUACAGCGCUGGACCUACUGUUUGGAGAGACCUUUGAAGUGAAGGAAACAACAAAAUCUUCACCUGCGAAGAGGGCCAGUGAAGAAGUGUUGAGGUACAGAGAGCGUGAUCCAUUGCCCCUCAAAGACAACCCACUGCAGUGGUGGAAGAGACAAUCAGACCUCCCAAUGCUGUCAUCUCUUGCUAAAAGGUACCUCUGUAUACCAGCAACCAGCGUAGCAUCAGAGAGAGUUUUUAGUACAGCAGGAGAUAUCAUUUCAGUGCAACGCAGUGUUCUCAGACACGACCAUGUUGACCAGUUGAUUUUCCUCAAAAAGAAUCUUGCCCUGCAUGAAUGAGCUCUUGAGUUGUGCAAUGUAAACAGGGGUGACACACACACACACACACACACACACACACACACCUAUUGCAGUUUGAACAAUUGUUUUUUUUUACUUGAAGGAGACUUAUAAAAUGACAGGAUAGGAGAGGAGAAGAAGAGAGGAGAAGAAGAGAGAUGAGCAAAGGUGAGGAAGCGGAGAGGAGAGAGAAGGAGGGGAGAAGAGAAAGUAAGAGGAGGUGGUGAGGAAAUGAGGAGUGGAGUGGAUUGGAGAGGAGGAGAGACGAGGAAAGGAGAGGAGGGGAGGAAAGGUGAGGUGAGGAAAGGAGGGGAGAAGAGAAAGCGAGAGGAGUGGAAUGGAGAGGAGAAGAGGGGAGGAGAGGAGGUGAGGACGCGCACACACACACAGACACACACACACACUGCACUGAAAACAAAUGGACUACUUUUGAGGUGAGGAGAGGAGGUGAGGGAAGCAGGGGAGAAGAGAAAGUAAGAGGAGUGGAGAAGGGAGGGGAGGAGGUGAGGCAAUGAGGAGUGGAGUGGAUUGGAGUGGAGUGGAGGAGAGACGAGGAAAGGAGAGGAGGUGAGGAAGAAGGGAGGAAAGCUGAGGAGAGGAGUUGAGGUGAGGAAAGGAGGGGAGAAGAGAAAGUAAGAAGUGGAAUGGAGAGAAGAAGAGGGGAGGAAAGGAGAGGAGGUGAGGACACAUACACACACACAAUGCACUGAAAACAAAUGGACUGCUUUUCUUGUUUUGAAGCAUUGAUUUUUAUUUUCUUUUAAGACGGCAAAAAAGUUUUUCAGUUGAGCAUUUUUUAAGCUUCCAAAUUAUUCUUAUUAUUCUAAUUUUUAAAAUUAUAAUUUACCUAUUUGCCUGUACUUAUAAUAACAUAUAAA